AUGAUAAAGUUAUUAAGUGGUGAUGGUUAUAGCGGUGAAGAUGAAUAUGACUCGCCAGAAUUAAAUAGCAAAAGUGAUAUUAUCGAUAUCCAAACCGAAGGUGGUAUCUCAGAAACCUUGGGUUCCAAAAUGACAGAGGAGCAAGAGGAGUCAUUAUCUUAUUAUAUUAUGUUAUCACAUUUUAUAACAAGAAUGGGAGACAGAGGAUGGGAGUUUAUUGUACCGCUUUUCUUAAUAUUUCUUUCACCCAAAUCAUUAAUACCAGUUUCAUUAUUUGGUCUUUCAACAACAUUGGUUAGAAUUUUCUUUGGUACAACAAUUGGUAAUAUGGCAGAUAAAUAUAAAAAGCUUCAAAUUAUUAAGUUAGGUGUUACAGGUCAAGCAGUUUCCAUUGGAUCAUCUUGCAUAUUUCUAUAUUUACUUUUUAAAAUUAACAAUGCAUCAUUAGAAAGCCAAAAGGAAAAUGGAACCAAUGUAUUGUUUGACGACAAUACAUCAGUCACAUUAUUUUGCCUUUUAUUAUUUUCAUCAGCAUUGCACUCUUUAUCAGGCCAGUUAAUGGAUAUUUCAGUUGAAAGAAAAUGGACCCCAUCAUUUAUUAAACAUGAUACUGUUUUAACUAGAGUAAAUACUAGAAUGAGACAAAUUGAUUUAAGUACAGAGGUAUUAGCACCAUUUUUAGCAGGUUUAAUUACAAAUCGUGAAAAUCCAAAUUCAUUUUUAUUAAUUGGAUUAUUCAAUUUCGUAUCAUUCUUUCCGCAGUAUAUUUUGUUAAAGAUUGUAUACGACAAAGUUUCACCACUUGGAUUAAAGGUUGAUGAUAAAUCUCAAAUCGACUUUACCGAUGGUUUGGACCUUAGCAAUAUUACAACCGAGUUUAAGGAUCUUCGUAACAAGUCUCUAAAAGAAAUUGUAUUGGGUGAGUGGAAUCCAUUGACCAAUAUUAUUGUAGGAUGGAGAUUAUUCUAUCAACAAAACGUAUUUUUAAUAAUGGUAGCAUACAUCUUGCUAUGGUUCACCGUUUUAAGUCCACACGAUUCUAUCUUAACUGCCUAUCUUUCAAAUAAUGGUUACAGCGACCCUGAGUUGGGUUUGUUCAGAGGUUUGGGUGCCGUUUUUGGUUUGGGCAGCACUUUACUAUUUGGUAGGGUAGUUAAAUUACUUGGCAAUAUUACCAAUGCAGCAUUAGGUUACAUUUUAGAAGAGGGAAUAUUGGUUCUUUUGGCCGGUUUCUUUUUUUCUAGUAUUAGUGACACAAAAUAUGUAUUCAUGCUAUCUAUUAUUUUCUCGAGAUGUGGCCUCUACGGAUUUGAGCUUACAGAGAUCCAUUUCGUUCAAAGACAAGUUCCCGAUAAUAUUAGAGGUGUAGUCAGUGGUGUUGAAAGUUCUCUCUGUAGUUUAGCAACUCUUUCAGUUUUCGUUGUCAGCAUCAUCAUUAAUUCAAUCGAUCAAUUUUAUAUUCUAGUUUGGGGUUCAAUUUUAUUUGUAAAUUUAGGUUGGAUUUCAAUAGUUUUAUGGAGAAUUAAAAAUAAGGUUUAA